CGUCAGUUUGUGGCAAACCUGAAAACAGUUCGAGUGCGAGUGCCGUACGGUUCGGACGUGUGGGCCACGCACAAUUCAAAUCGCAAAUCGCAGAGUUAACUUGCUGGAAAUUCUGAAAAGAAAGAAGAGAAACAGAACAAGUGAAAGAGAAAUUAAAUCGAGAGUCGAGGAAAAAUACGAAAAAUACACCCAUUUAAAAUGUGCGCUUAGUGAAAGAAAACAGUGGCUAGAAAAAAUGUCAAUUGACCAAGAGUGAGAAAUCGAAUCCACAAAGAAAAAACGUGAAAAACCCUUUUCGGAGUAUCUGCGAGAUACAGAUACCCUAGGUCCCCUCUACGCACCCCACACAAGACCCCAACCAUGGCGGCGAUCCUGCUGCUCCUGCUGGGGCUGUCCUGGAGUAGCAUCCUCGAAACCGGAGCUUCCCUGGCGCCCAAGGAGAGCGAGUCGAAUGCGAAUGCCAUGCUGGGCGCCGGAUCAGGAGCCGCAGCCACGGUCUCGCUGUCCGGCGACUACUCCUCGCUGCUGUCCAACGUGCCGGUGGCCUCACCAGUGCCAGCCUCACCUUCCGGACCGGCCAACCAGUGCUCCUGGUCCUACAACGGCACCAGCUCGGUGCACUGCGCCCUGCGCCUGAUCGAGCGACAGCCGGGCCUGGAUCUCCAGGGCGCCGAUGGCAGCAGCCAGCUGACCAUCCAGUGCAGCGAACUCUACCUCUUCGAGUCCUCGCUGCCGGUGGCCGUGUUUGCCAGAUUGCAAACCCUGGAGGGUCUGCGAUUGGACGGCUGCAAGCUUCUCCAGCUGCCCAACAACGCGUUCGAGGGUCUGGGCACCCUGAAAUCGCUGCGCCUGAGCACCCACAACAGCGAAUGGGGUCCGACGAGGUCCCUGGAGCUCUUCCCCGACUCCUUGGUCGGCCUGAAGCAACUGACCGAACUGGAUCUGGGCGACAACAAUCUGCGCCAGCUGCCCGCUGGCUUCCUCUGCCCGGUGGGCAAUCUCCAGGUGCUCAAUCUCACCCGCAAUCGGAUUCGCACCGCCGAGCAGCUGGGCUUCGCGGACAUGAACUGCGGAGCGGGCUCCACCGGAAGUGCUGGCAGCGAGCUGCAGGUCCUGGACGCCAGUCACAAUGAGCUGCGGUCCGUGAGCGAAAGCUGGGGAAUCUCGCGGCUCCGGAGAUUGCAACACUUGAAUCUGGCGCACAACAAUCUGUCGGAGCUUUCGGGUGAAGCCCUCGCCGGUUUGGCCUCCCUGCGGAUAGUCAACCUGAGCAACAACCAUUUGGAGACGCUGCCCGAGGGGCUGUUCGCUGGCUCCAAGGAGCUGCGCGAGAUUCACCUGCAGCAGAACGAGCUCUACGAACUGCCCAAGGGACUGUUCCAUCGGCUGGAGCAGCUGCUGGUGGUGGAUCUGUCCGGCAACCAGCUGACCUCCAAUCACGUGGACAACACCACCUUCGCCGGCCUCAUCCGAUUGAUUGUGCUGAAUCUGGCCCAUAAUGCUCUGACCCGCAUCGAUUACCGCACCUUCAAGGAGCUGUACUUCCUGCAGAUCCUGAAUUUGCGCAAUAACUCGAUAGGUCACAUCGAAGAUAAUGCCUUUCUGCCGUUGUACAAUCUGCACACCCUCAACCUGGCCGAAAAUCGCCUGCACACCCUGGACGAUAAACUAUUCAACGGACUGUAUGUGCUGUCCAAGCUCACGCUGAACAACAAUCUCAUUAGCGUGGUGGAGCCGGCUGUAUUCAAGAACUGUUCGGAUCUGAAGGAACUGGACCUGAGUUCCAACCAGCUGAAUGAGGUGCCGCGUGCCCUGCAGGAUUUGGCCAUGUUGCGCACCCUCGAUCUCGGCGAGAAUCAGAUCCGCACCUUCGACAACCAGAGCUUCAAAAAUCUGCACCAGCUGACGGGUCUGCGGCUGAUAGACAAUCAGAUUGGCAACAUAACGGUGGGCAUGUUCCAGGACCUCCCCCGCUUGAGUGUUUUGAAUCUGGCCAAAAACCGCAUCCAGAGCAUCGAGCGGGGUUCGUUCGACAAGAACUACGAACUGGAGGCCAUUCGACUGGACAGAAACUUCCUGGCCGACAUCAAUGGCGUGUUCGCCACCCUGGUCUCCCUGCUGUGGUUGAAUCUAUCCGAGAAUCACCUGGUGUGGUUCGACUACGCCUUCAUCCCGUCGAACCUCAAGUGGCUGGAUAUCCAUGGAAAUUACAUCGAGGCGCUGGGCAACUACUACAAACUGCAGGAGGAGAUUCGGGUGAAGACUCUGGACGCCUCGCACAACCGCAUCACGGAAAUUGGACCCAUGUCGAUACCGAACACCAUAGAGCUGCUGUUCAUUAACAACAACCUGAUUGGCAAUGUGCAGCCGAAUGCCUUUGUGGACAAGGCGAAUCUGGCCCGGGUGGAUCUGUAUGCCAAUCAGCUGAGUAAGCUGCAGUUGCAGCAGUUGCGAGUGGCUCCAGUGGUGGCUCCCAAGCCUCUGCCUGAGUUCUACCUGGGUGGCAAUCCCUUCGAGUGCGACUGCACCAUGGACUGGCUGCAGCGGAUCAACAACCUGACCACCCGUCAGCAUCCGCGGGUAAUGGACAUGGCCAACAUUGAGUGCGUGAUGCCGCAUGUCCGAGGUGCUGCAGUGCGUCCUCUGAGCCAGCUGCGUCCGCAGGACUUCCUCUGCCGCUACGAGUCGCACUGCUUCGCCCUGUGUCACUGCUGCGACUUCGAUGCCUGCGACUGCGAGAUGACCUGCCCGAGCAACUGCACCUGCUACCACGACCAGAUCUGGUCCACCAAUGUGGUCGACUGCGGUGGCCAGCAAACCACGGAGCUGCCUCGCCGCGUUCCCAUGGAUUCAAGUGUCGUUUAUUUAGAUGGCAACAAUUUCCCUGUGCUCAAGAACCAUGCCUUCAUCGGUCGCAAGAAUUUAAGAGCGCUCUACGUCAAUGGCAGCCAGGUGGCGGCCAUCCAGAAUCGCACCUUUGCCAGCCUGGCCUCGCUGCAGUUGCUCCAUUUGGCGGACAACAAGUUGCGCACUCUGCAUGGCUACGAAUUCGAGCAGCUUUCGGCCUUGAGGGAGCUGUAUCUGCAGAAUAAUCAGCUGACUACUAUUGAAAAUGCCACCCUGGCUCCUUUGGCCGCCUUGGAGCUUAUCCGCAUCGAUGGUAAUCGUCUGGUCACCCUGCCCAUUUGGCAGAUGCACGCCACCCACUUUGGCACCAGAUUGAGGUCUAUUAGUUUGGGCCGGAAUCAAUGGAGCUGUCGGUGUCAGUUUCUUCAGGCCCUCACCGCCUAUGUGGCGGAUAAUGCCUUGAUCGUCCAGGAUGCCCAGGACAUCUACUGCAUGGCAGCCUCUUCUUCCGGAGGAGCGGGUGGAUCGGGACUACAGGAUAGCUCCUCGAAUUCUGGAGGGGGAACUCUGGAGAAGCGUGAACUGGACUUCAAUGCCACUGGAGCUGCCUGCACGGAUUACUACUCCGGUGGCUCCAUGCUGCAGCAUGGCAUUCCCGAAUCCUAUAUUCCCCUGCUGGCCGCUGCACUGGCUCUGGUCUUCCUGCUCGUCGUCAUCGCCAUGGUCUUCGCCUUCCGCGAGUCCCUGAGGAUCUGGCUGUUUGCCCACUACGGCGUUCGGGUGUUCGGUCCACGUUGCGAGGAGUCCGAGAAGCUGUACGACGCCGUGCUCCUGCACUCCGCCAAGGACUCGGAGUUCGUGUGCCAGCACCUGGCUGCCCAACUGGAAACGGGACGUCCCCCGCUGAGGGUCUGCCUGCAGCAUCGGGAUUUGGCCCAUGAUGCCACCCACUAUCAGCUACUGGAGGCCACGAGGGUUUCACGGCGAGUGGUCAUCCUGCUGACCAGGAACUUCCUGCAAACCGAGUGGGCCCGCUGUGAGCUGCGACGCUCCGUUCACGAUGCCCUGAGGGGCAGACCCCAGAAACUGGUGAUCAUCGAGGAGCCCGAGGUGGCCUUCGAGGCGGAGAGCGAUAUCGAGCUGUUGCCCUACCUAAAGACGUCGGCUGUCCAUCGCAUCCGCCGCUCGGAUCGGCACUUCUGGGAGAAGCUGCGCUACGCCCUGCCCGUGGACUACCCCACCUUCCGGGGCAACAACUACACGCUGGAGCUGGACCAUCACAACCACGAGCGGGUGAAGCAGCCGGCCAGUCCCGGCCUGCUCUACCGCCAGGCCCCGCCCCCCGCCUACUGCGGACCGGCGGACGUCGUGGGUCCUCAGGCUGCCGCCCUGGCUGUGACUGCCUCUGUGCCGGCGGAACAGAACUACUCCACGGCCACCACGGCCACGCCCAGUCCCAGGCCCCAGAGGCGGGGUGAGCAGCAACAGGGAUCAGGAUCGGGUUCAGGAUCCGGAAACCAUCACUUGAACGCCCAGUACUACCAGCACCAUGGGAUGCGGCCGCCCUCGGAGCACAUAUACUCCAGCAUCGACUCGGACUACUCGACCCUGGACAACGAGCAGCACAUGCUGAUGAUGCCGGGGGCAGGAGGGGGAUCCCUUGGCAUGGAGGCGGCCCAGAGGGCGCAGACCUGGCGGCCCAAGCGGGAGCAGCUGCAUCACCAGCAGGCUCAGGCCGGAACCCUGGGCUCCAAGGCGAGCCAGCAGCAGCAGCAGCAGCAACAAAAUCCUUCAGCCGUUGCUGGACAACAACAAGGACCUCAUGUCCAGGCGUAUCUGGUGUAAGGAGCGACCCCUUUUUCGGGGAGAGUGACAGUGAUUUCUUUGGGGACUGGUUCCUGUGCAUAAUUUUAAUUACUAAAAUACAUGUGCGAGUUAAGCUAAGGGAGGGGAAACACAAAACAAAGGAGAUGCGGAAGUUGAGACUAGCCAGCCAGAUUUUAACGUACAUCAUUUUGUUUAUCCAGUGUAAAGUCAUUUUAGAUGCACUAAACAAACACAACACAGCCCCAAGAUACGAGAUACAAGCUACAGAUGCAGAAUGACGAGGGCCUCGCUCAUGUCAAGUGUGUGUGUGUGUAUAUCCAGGGGGGAGAAAGUGAGGGAUGUUACCUACUACAAUGCCAUUUCAAAGUUUCAAAACUUUACCACAGCAAACUUAGUUUUCUCCCUCACAUGAGCACGAACUUUUGGCCUUCAUCUGGCAUUUGCUUAGCCGAGAAUUGCCCGAGGGGGGAAUUUGUGAUAACUUUUUAAUACGGUUUUAAUCAGUUGGACUCUGGAACCUCGAGUAUAAAGAUUCCCGAGUUGAGACGUGGUUCCAGAGGGCCAUGCUGCAUUUGCAUCCCCCAGAGACUUAGUGUGCCCCAAAUUGAUUGUUUAAUAAUUGACUUGGUAAUUGCCAUUAAGCCGGAAUAGCUGUCCAUGUAUCUACGCAUCCCCU